UGAAAUCAAAUAUCUCUCUCUCUCCCUCUCUCUCUCUCUCUCUCUCUCUGCCUUCACUGUCCUCUGCUCAGUCUCCAUAGUUCACAGUCUUCAUCUACGUGAACACAGAAAACGCUAAAACAAUUUGACACUUCUCCAAAGUUCGAUCUUUUCUCUACCAUUUCUUGAAGAGGAGAUGGCGGUCUCGGCUGAUGGCCGGGUGUCGCUCUCGGCCACCGGGCAGCUGCAUGGCGCGACAGGAUUGGCGGGCCGGAGCUGGAAGAUGGUGAAGUUCUGCAACGGGGAGUUGAUGGGGAAGAAGCUGAAGAUGAGCCAAACGGGUCACGGGGUCAACGGAAAGAGUGAUGUCAAGAAGCAUGUGUCCAUGUCUCUCGCUACUGAUAUUGCAGGCGAGGCUAAGUUGAGGGACUUGGAGAUGGAAAGGAGGGAUGCAAGGACAGUUGCGGCAAUUAUAUUGGGAGGCGGUGCCGGUACUCGUCUUUUCCCUCUUACCAAACGCCGUGCCAAGCCUGCCGUUCCGAUUGGGGGCGCGUAUAGGCUGAUUGAUGUGCCGAUGAGCAACUGCAUUAAUAGCGGAGUCAACAAGAUCUACAUCCUCACUCAGUUCAAUUCAGCAUCUCUCAACAGACACCUUGCCCGUGCUUACAAUUUUGGCAGUGGAGUCACCCUUGGAGAUGGCUACGUCGAGGUUCUUGCAGCAACCCAAACUCCAGGAGAGGCAGGUAAGAGGUGGUUCCAGGGCACUGCAGAUGCAGUUCGACAGUUCCAUUGGCUUUUUGAGGACGCGAGAACCAAGGAGAUUGAGGAUGUCCUUAUCCUAUCCGGGGAUCACUUAUAUCGGAUGGACUAUAUGGAUUUUGUUCAGAACCAUAGACAGAGUGGGGCAGAUAUCAGCAUUGCUUCUUUGCCAGUGGAUGACAGACGGGCCUCGGACUUUGGUUUAAUGAAGAUUGACAACAAAGGAAGGAUCCUUUCCUUCAGCGAGAAGCCCAGGGGAGCUGACCUCAAAGCAAUGCAAGUGGAUACCACUGUUCUAGGUCUUUCACGGGAUGAGGCAAAGAAAAAACCGUAUAUUGCUUCCAUGGGAGUCUACGUCUUCAAGAAGGAGAUACUUCUGAAUCUUUUAAGAUGGCGCUUUCCCACUGCCAAUGACUUUGGAUCGGAGAUUAUCCCUGCCUCUGCCAGCGAAUUCUACACAAAGGCUUAUCUAUUUAAUGAUUACUGGGAAGACAUAGGGACCAUCAGAUCCUUCUUUGAGGCAAACCUCGCUCUGACCGAGCAUCCACCAAGAUUUAGCUUUUACGAUGCGACAAAGCCAAUAUACACAUCAAGAAGGAACUUGCCACCGUCCAAGAUCGACAGCAGCAAGAUUGUUGACUCAAUUGUAUCACACGGGAGCUUCUUAAAUAAUUGCUUCAUAGAGCACAGCGUCGUUGGUAUCAGAUCGCGCAUAAAUGCUAACGUUCACCUGAAGGACACAGUGAUGCUCGGAGCUGACUUUUAUGAAACUGAUGCCGAAGUAGCCGCGCAGUUUGCUGAGGGAAAAGCCCCCAUUGGCAUCGGAGAAAACACGAAAAUCAAGUAUCGCAACAAUGCUCCUAAUCUUUCCAUUAAUUCCGUUCCGUCCUCAUUUCAUGUCUUUCUCCAUCUGCGCGCGCAUGAAACACCAUGGAGCCUGGAUCAAGCUAUGAUCCUUAUGCACUCUUGCCUUCGACUUGCUUAUCGUUACAUAUCUGUGCAGGGAUUGCAUCAUCGACAAAAAUGCAAGAAUUGGGAAGAAUGUCGUCAUUGCGAAUUCCGAGGGAAUACAAGAAGCUGACAGAUCUUCGGAAGGCUUCUACAUCAGAUCCGGCAUCAGCGUUAUCCUGAAAAACUCAACGAUCCCGGACGGAUUUGUAAUAUAAACCGAUCGCCCUAUCCUUUCAUUUUGUUCUGCGAUUAGGGAUGGGAUAUCAAGGGGACCAAAGAAGACAAUGAAUACAAGAUUAUGUUUGCUAGAGAAGGGAAAGAAACAUGUCACUGCAAAUAGCCAGUGUCUUCAAAAGGCAUACGUCAAUAUGCAAUGCGAAAUGACCUGAAUUCUCGUUAGUCUUUCAA